AUGGCCGUAGCGGUAGCUUUACAGCUACGCAUGAUGGAUCUCGGCGAGUUUGACGUCGUUGAGGAAAACGACACCGCCAGGUCGCACCAAGAGCCAACUGGUGUGCAUGAUCUGGUCCCGCUGGGAGGACAUCUCUCGCGGAAAGCCCUUGAACGUUUCGUGACGCCGGCCAAACCCACUCAGCACUGGAUCCGAAUGGUGUACAGGACGCUGUACCUGUGUCCUAGCAACUAA